AUGGCUCAAGACUGCAUACAAUUCCCCAAGAACCAGCUGAGCCCGAUGCCACGACACCGAACCCAAAUGUCCAGCCAAGUGUAUCUCGCCUACAUGACGACUUGGAGGCCUGUACUCUUACUUGUGUUAUUCUGA